AUGGGAGUCUUUGCCGACUUUGACCGUCAUCACAACGGACGCAUCUCGGCCAAUCAGUUUGCUCGUGGCCUGGCCAUGCUCAACUGCCCGCUGGUCGACAACGAGCCUGCGGUGGUUAAUCUCCUCCUCAAGGCCUAUGCAUACCCUGAUGAUGAUGAUGCCAUCGAUUAUCGUCGCUUUACAAACGCUGUCGAUGACUACUACGCCACUGCUGCUCUCGAGUCCACCGGCUGCCUCCCCGACAACGUGCCGGCUGACCCGUUUGAUCCCGACGCUGCCGCGAGCAGGGCGGGUGCCAAGUCGCCGCUGGCUUCGUCUAACGACCCCAUGCUUGAUGCCCUGGUCGAUCGCGCCGCCAAGUACGCCGCCUUUCGCGGCGAUCAGGUCCGUCUCUGGUUCACAGACUACGACCGCCACCGGACCGGCGAGCUGUCGGCCUCGCAGUUCCGCCGCGGCUUCCCGUUCACAGUCCCGGACGUCGAGUAUCAGGCUGCAGUUCGGGCGUACGGUCGCGUGGUCCGCUCGCGGGACAUUCGGGUGGCGUACCCGGCCUUUGCCGCCGACGUCCACGCCGCCAUGGGCGAGAUGGACGAGUUUGCCGGCCUCCGCCACCAUGCCUACCCCGGGCUGGCUGGCUCGGUUGGCGUCCGCGGCGCACCCGGUCCGAUGCCUUCUAGCCACCCAACGCCUGACGUCAGCGACGCGCUCGCCUUUCUCCGCAAGGAGGUGUACACCAAGCGGAUCCGCAUCGCCGAGCCAUUCCACGACUUUGACCCGCUCCGGUCUGGCCUCAUCUCGGCGGCGCAGUUCAAGUCUGCACUGGCGUGGACAGCCAUUCCGCUCUCAACUGGCGCGGUGGAGGCGCUGACGGCACGGUACACAUCUGCGGCGCGUGCUGCGCGCGACCCUACCCGUGCCGUCGCCUACCUCCCGUUCCUCGCCGAGAUCGAGUUGGUCUUUACCCAGGAGGACCUCGAGUCGUCGCCAACCAAGGUCGUGCCGCCGCCGCCGACUUACUCGGCGCUGACCGAGAACGGCGAGGCGCGAGCACUCGGCUCGCCGGUCCACACCUUGCCGCCGGUCAUGCAGCGGCUCGCCGCCGUGGUGGCCCAACGGCGGAUGAACUUGCUGCCGUUCUUUGAGGACUUUGACGUCCACUGCUCGCGGUCGGUGACACAGAACCAGUUCCAGCGGCUGCUGGCCACCAUGGGUCUCCACGUCUCGGGCUCCGAGCUGAUGCAACUCAUCCACCGCUACGCCGACCGUACCGACCCGGUCCAUGACAUCAAGUACAUGCCGUUCCUGGCGGAUGUCGAUCCGGCGGGUGUGUUCGAGACGUCGGAGCUCGCUGAAGACCGCUCAGCCUCGAUGCAGGCGACGACGUCUGCCGAUGCCGCCCGCGACGCCAACGUCACCGCCGCCCGCGACGCCUUUACUGCCGCCUACGGCGUCGACGACUCGGUCGACGGCACCCUUGCCAUUGCCGCCGAGGAGGUCCGCCGCCGCCGCCUGCGCCCGCGCGACUUUUUCGUCGACCACGAUCCGCUCCGCUCGGGCCUCAUCACCGCUCCGCAGUUCCAGCGCUCGCUCACGGCGCUGCUCGGCGACGUCGUUGUCUCGACUGCCGCACUUGACUCCAUCACCGCCGCCUUUACCACCGCCACUGCCGUCGCGCCGCAGGUUGUCGCCUACCCGGCGUUCCUCACCGCGCUCGCCGCUGCCACCGGGGCAGGGGCUGUCGCCGCCGAUGCCGACGCGCAAGUUGCCGCGGCACGCGCCAAGCUCGAUGCCUUUCUCGCUGCUGUCCGCAAGCGGGUCGCCCAGCGGCGCAUCCUGGUCCGCCCGCUCUUCCGCGACUUUGACCGCCACUCGCGCGGGUUCAUCGAGCCCAAGUGCGUCAUCCAGGCCCUGGCCUCGAUGGGCCUGCAAUGCUCGCGGGGCCAGCUGAGCGAGCUCAUGGCCGGCUUCCCGUGCAAGGCCACCGGUCACGGCUUUGACUACCUCGCCUUUGUCGACGCGGUCGAUCCGCACGCCGCUGCGCCUGGUGAAGCCGUCUUUGCCGCCGCUGCCGAGUACGGCGCGGUGCGCCGGCCGGCACCCUCUCGCGUGCCCACGCCGUCGGCCGCCGCCGCAGGCCUCGACCUGCUCAUGUCCAAGAUCUGCAAGUGGGUCAACACGCGCCGGAUCCGGCUCUCCGAGUUUGUGCGCGACCCGCGGUUCCCCACCCGCCACAUGUCGGCCUCGCGCUUCAAGUCGGCGCUCUCUAUGGCUGGCAUCUGCCUCACCGAGCCCGAGCUCGAGCUGCUGUGCUCAGCUUACGCCGGCUCUGAUGCCGAGCGGGUCAACCAUGCGUUGUUCCUCGACGACGUUGACGCCACCUCGGUCGUCAAGCACCUCGAGGUCAUGCCCGAAGUCGAUCCGACCCAGACCAUGCCCAUCCUCCCCUCGGGCCCACUCGGCAAGGUCAGCGCCGCCGAACAGACCAUCCUCGACCGGGUCGUCGCCCGCCUCGCCAACGCCGUCACAUCGCAGCGGAUGAACAUCAAGCCGCAGUUUGCAGACUGCGAUGGCGUCCGCUCCGGUAAGGUCACUCCGCACCAGUUCUCCGCCGUCCUCGAGACCUUCUUCAAGCUCGGCCUCGACGAGCUCGCUGUUCUUGUCAAGGCCUACACCAUCGACGACGGGCGAGUCAACUACACCGCCUUCCUCAACGACAUCCGCCAUUGAACGCCAGCCAAAG